GAGGGAGUAUUGUUUGACUUCACUUAUCAUAUUGAUAUUAUAAAGUUAGAUGCAUUUAUAAUAUCUACCUCAUCCUUUCACUCCCUAGUACAAUGGCCGAUGAAACAAAGAAUCUCCUCCCUCAAGUAUUCUUUCACGGUCCACCCGAAUUCCCCGCAUACCUCAAACCCAAACCUUAUCACAACUUCCAUAUCAUAAACCCAUCUUCCCUUCCCUCUCUCCACCAAUUCAUAUCUACCAACCCUCACAACGUUUCCUCCAUUACCGCCAUUCUCAGUAUGGGUCUCUACCCUCUCAACGCUGACAUUCUCCAGUCUCUCCCUUGCCUCCGUUUCAUCAUCACCUCCAGCGCCGGAACUAAUCACAUUGAUCUCGAUGAGUGUCGGCGACGGGGAAUCCAGGUUGCUAACGCUGGAAAUCUUUUCUCCGAGGAUGUUGCUGAUAUGGCUGUGGCUUUGUUGAUUGAUGUUGGUAGGAAGAUUUCAGCGGCGGAUGGCUUCUUCAGAAGACAGAUUCAGCCGCCUGCAUCUUGGGAUUUUCCACUUGGUUCUAAGAUAUCAGGAAAAAAGAUUGGAAUUGUUGGUUUGGGAAGAAUUGGCUUAGAAGUUGCAAAGAGGCUUGAAACAUUCGGUUGCACGUUAUCAUACAACUCUAGAAACAAAAAACCAUUAGUUUCAUACCCUUAUUAUUCAAGUGUUUUAGAGCUUGCAACAAACACCAAUGUACUGAUUCUAUGUUGUGAUUUAAACGACCAAACAAGGCACAUUGUCAACAAAGAAGUAAUGUUGGCACUAGGAAAAGGCGGAAUCAUAGUGAAUGUUGGAAGAGGUGCUCUCAUUGAUGAAAAGGAAUUGUUGAAGUGUUUGAUUGAAGAAGAGAUUGGAGGUGCUGGUUUGGAUGUGUUUGAAAAUGAACCUCAUGUUCCUAAAGACUUCUAUUCAUUGGAUAAUGUUGUCCUUUCACCUCAUUCAGCUGUCUUAACUUUAGAGUCACAUAUGGGUAUCUGCCAACUUGUGGAACAAAAUUUGAUAGCAUUCUUUUCAAAUAAGCCUCUGAUUACUCCAGUUAUAUAGUUUCCAAUGAAGUUAUGUCUAACUAUAGUAGCUUGUUUUAGUUUCACCAAGAAAUGCAAAGAAAUUUCGUUCCUCCCUUUCGUCCUCCUGUUGAAGAACCUUCAGAAGUUCAUCAAAAACCAUGAAGUCUUUGACGAAAUGGUGAGAAAAAUCAGAUGAUGCUCGUUUUCAUGAUAUAACAUCACAAACAUCAUCUUGUUACAUCUAUAUGGAUGUCAUUAUUCUUAUGAAUUAUUGUGAUUCAACCUUGUUCGGAUAUGCUUAACUUGAGAAAUACUAGAAGAGACUUAAUAGUUCUAAAGAUUUGUGAAAUGUGAAUAUGACAAUUCAACCUCAUUCUAUUUGACUUCUAA